GGAGGAACACUAUCCUAUCUUAUUUGAUCAAUACAAAGAACAGUGUCGCACUGUCGCAUCCUUCAGUACUCCAAACUGCUUCGCUGUGUACACUGUCUGAAGUCAACGCACGUCCACCGUGGAGGGCGACUGCGCGCUCUCGUAACCAUGUCGCCAUUUUGAUUCGAAAAAUAUGACUGAGUUUUUCCUGCUUUGCAUGCUAAACUUAGCCCCGCGUUUGAAUUACUUUGUGCGUGAGUAAGAAUCAUACACUCCAUCUGAAAUAACGUCUGUUGUUACCAAUGUCAAGUAGCCAUAACUGUUUGGGAACCGUUUAUUUGAUAGACUUCAAAACACCAUUGGACUAACGUUAGCUAAGUUGAGCUAGCUAACAGUAGCUGUCGCAGACUGACCCCUUCUUCAAAACAAAUCACUAUUCGCUCACAGGCUAAUGUGUGGAAGCUAACGCGGCUAGCUCAUAGUUAGCUACGGACGUAGAAGCUCGCUGCUGGACGGGAAACUUAACUACCAAUCUAAGACUAACGGAAGGAAUAGCAGCGGGUUUUUCAACCAAAGGUUAUGGUGAGCCUCUUGGCGUCUCAUCUCCUAAAGAGGCCUGCGUUUUAAGAGGAGACCCAUGCUGAUAAAUGCCAGGCCUCGCCACACACACUGCGCAAACACAAAUGCCUGCCUGCCCGUGGGGGAGGUCUGAUUAAAGAUAUCCACAUUUCAUCCACUGGGCUGUGUCCCCCAUCCCAGCGGCCACCAUGUUUUGGAAGUUUGACUUGCACACCACCUCCCACAUCGACCAGCUGCUGGACAGGGAGGACGUGACGCUGAGAGAGCUGAUGGAGGAGGACGACGUCCUGCAGGAGUGCAAGGCCCAAAACCGCCGGCUGCUCCUCUUCCUCUCCCAGGAACACUGCAUGCAGGAGCUGGUCAGCCUCAUCACCACCGAGCCGCCCGCCGACCUGGAGGAGCGGAGUCGUUUCAAGUUUCCCAACAUCGCUUGUGAGCUUCUGACAUCCGAUGUGUCCAUCAUAAACGAUAAGCUGGGCGCGGACGAGUCUCUACUUGAAGUGCUCUAUCACUUCCUGGAGCAGGACCCACCCCUCAACCCGCUACUGGCCAGCUUCUUUAGCAAAACCAUCGGCAAUCUCAUUGCCAGGAAAACCGAACAGGUGAUUACCUUUCUAAAGAAAAAGGAAGGCUUCAUUGGUCUGGUGCUGAAACACAUUGACGCCUCUGCUAUGAUGGACUUACUGCUUCGACUCAUCAGUUGUGUGGAGCCUGCCCCCUUGAGGCAGGAGGUCCUCCAUUGGCUGAACGAGGAGAAGUUGGUACAAAGACUCACAGAGCUCAUCCAUACCGGCAAAGAUGAGGAGAGACAAUCAAAUGCAUCGCAAACGCUUUGUGACAUCAUCCGCCUUAGUCGAGACCAGGCCAAUCAGAUGCAGGAGAAUAUGGAGGCCGACCCACUAUUGGCUGUACUAGAGUCGCAGGAGAGUGUAGCGGGGCUCCUCAAGAACAUGUUUGAGGGGGAGAGGAGUGAGGCCUCCAUAGUUAACGGAACUCAAGUGCUACUUACCUUACUGGAGGCCAGGCGGUCUGGGUUGGAAGGGCUGAUGGAUCUGUAUUCUCAGGGUUAUGAAAGGUCUUACACUGUCAACAGCAGUAUUUUAAAUGCCAUUGAGCCCCAUUUAAAGGACUUCCAGCAGCUUCUUCUGGCUCCCCCAAAGAAAAGUGCAAUAUUGACGACCGUUGGCGUUCUCGAGCAGCCAUUGGGGAACGCCCGCCUUCACGUGGCCAGACUGGUGGCCGCCCUGCUGCAGACCAGUGCCCCCAGUAUCUGCCAGGAGCUCUGCAACCUUGCCACCAUGGAACUACUACUGGAUCUGUUCUUCAAAUACUCCUGGAAUAACUUUUUGCACUUGCAAGUGGAGCUGUGUGUGGCGGCAAUCCUGAGCCAUCCUUCCUCGGAUGAGCGGCCCAGUCCCGUCCUCCAGAACCACGACGGGCAGCCUGUGGCAUCCAGCCAUGAGGCUCAGGAGGAGGCAGUGGAGACGGGCAGGACCAGUGACCCACACGCCUCCAUCCACAAUGCCCUCGUAGCACAUCUCUUCCAGAAGUGUCAACUGGUCCAGAGGAUCCUUGAUGCCUGGGAGGAGAACGAUAAAAUACAGAGUGAGGGCGGCACCAGGAGAGGCAACAUGGGUCACCUGACCAGAAUUGCCAACAUGGUGGUCCAGAACCUGGAGAAAGGACCAGAACCGUCCCAGAUCACUGACCUCAUGAAAGUGAAAAUGAAUAUCCCCGUGUUUGCAGAGCUGCCAGAAGACUGCAGAGGUCGCUGGGAGAGCUUUGUGGACGAGACGCUCCGAGAGACGAACAGGAGGAACACCGUCGAGCUGGUAAGCACCCACAACAUGCACUCGUCCAGUGAAGACGACGACAUGGAGAGCCCCUUCCCCAACGACCUGUCUCUCCAGCAGGCCUUCUCUGACUAUCAAAUCCAACAGAUGACUGCCAACUUUGUGGAUCAGUUUGGCUUCAACGACGAGGAGUUCAGCGAGCACGAUGAAAAUAUCAAUGCCACAUUUGAUAGAAUUGCCGAAAUAAACUUCAAUCUCGAUGCUGAUGAUAAUAGUGCCAAUGCGGCUGCUUUUGAAGCCUGCUGUAAAGAGAGGAUACGCCAGUUUGAUGAUGCCGAAGAAGAGGAGGACAUUUGGGAGGAGAAGGAGAUGAACUAUGCAACACAAGCUAAAUCCAGAACAAGGUUUGGGGUCUCCCAAACCUCAGAGGAAAGCCCCAGAAGCAGCAUGGAGAACGGAGGCAGAGAGCGGGACCAUGGAUCUGAAUCUGAUGAGGACGAGGACUGUGAGCAGCAGAACACAUCAGAAACAGGUCCAGGCUGGACAGCACAUUUCAGGGACUCUGGAGGGAAUGCAGCGUCCCAAACCCCAGCAGGGUGGGACAGCUCAUCCAGGAGUGGAGCAGAGACGCAGGGAAGUGGCUGGGCCAACUUCACUGAGUUCCAGCCUUUCUCCGGUACAGAGAGUGAUCCCAGGUGCAGCUCUCCUGUGCAAUCGGGCAGCGGUGACGCAGAAAACCCAGCCAAACCAAACCACGAGAAGAGUGAGGUGAGCGCCUCCUCUGAAUCUUGGCCGGUGGGAGAAGGGAGGAAAGCUCCUCUCGUGGCCUCAGACAGCAGCUCCUCCGGGGGAUCCGACAGCGAGGAGGAUGACAAAAAUGCCAGUGCUGCUCCUCCCGCCGCAGCCGUCGCCUCGGGAACAGCCGGCGCCCCCGGCAACAAGACCGCUGACCUCAAAAGUGAGGAGAGUCCGGUGUCUCUGGAGAAGCUCUCUCUGUCGGAUCCUCCCAAAGCGUCGGAGCAGCAGCCGGCUGAGGAUUCACCCGUAACCACGCCGACUGACAGGAAAGAGGAAACGCCACCGCCCCAGGAAGUGUUGGUCAACGGGCCGGUCUGAGCCCCUCUGCUCAUCGGUGACAGAGUGACUCCUCCCCUAAAUAACCUCACUGCAACUACGGUGUUUUUUUUACUGAAUCACUCGGCCAUGUUAUUGGACCUGGACACUGCCAAUCAACACCAAUAAUGAGGCAACAACAAAAGAUGAAAAAAAAGAAGAAAAACAAGAAACAAAACCAACAGACAGAAGAGUGUAGAGGAAUCAUCUUCAACGCCUUUUUUUGAUGUUGCACAUAAUUAAGUGCGGUUUUAAUGUAGCAGCGAUCUUUGAAACGACAGAACUCGAGGGGUAACAUCAUCAUCAUCAUCAUCAUCAUUAUUAUUUUUCUAUGUCCUGAAAGAUUUCUCUCCUGAAGCUGUUGGAAUCCCAUUGUUAGGGAUUUUACAUCGUCACCCCUGAAUGGAUAGCACAGGCUAACUUUUAAUGAUGCCUCAACAAUAAAUACUUUUUUUUCUUUUUGUUUUUUGAAAAAAAAAAACCAUUUUUUUUCUUCAGGCUUAAGAAAAAGCACUUAUGCAGCCAUUUACUGUACAUUCUAGCACAAUGCAAGUGUUCCCCUCAUCUCUGCUGGCUGUCCGUCUGUCCUCUCACCCAGAUCAAGGUUCUUAUCCAGUGGUUCCGUUUCUGUUCUCUCUCUGGGUCCGUCAACAGGUCUGAAUGUUCUGAGGUCAAGGAGGCGGUGGAGGGGCAGGUCGUUGAACAGAGCUCUAAUAGUAUUACUGUCUUUUGCUCAUGUGCAAUAAUGUCAAUUAGCCAUUUAUAUUUAAAAAUGAAAUUCACACUUUUUUUUUGUCUUUUUAAAAAGAAUCAAUCUAGCGUUGGAGAUUUGGUGUAGUUUGGGGGCCGAUAAAUUUGGAUAUAAUCUCAACUUGAUCGUUCUGAUUUUAAAUUUUUUUUUUUUGUUUCUUUUUAGUGCAUGUAUAACCGGUUCUCUGUUGACCUAGCUAGUGAGCUAAGACCUUCUGAUUGUAUUGACCUUUACGUUCUUAUUGCUAUCCCCCUAAAAUCAACCAAACAUUAUCUACCUAUAUACAAAUAUUAUCUACAUUUAAAAGUAAUUUUACAAGCAAUCUUGGGAUUACUAUUGUGUGUUCCUUUUUGCUCUCUCUCUCUCCACCAAGCACUUACUCACAGGGCAAGAGUGGCAUCUGGUAAGAGUGACGCUGUAUGUUUGUUUUUUAAGUUUUUAAUUUUAUUUGUUUCUUAGCAGCAGGAUUGGAAAGAGGGCAGGUCUGGGUUCUGCAGAGCUCCAGGCCUCUUUGGUGUACUUACUUCAAUCAUUUGACAGCGAUCAGGUUCUACGAUCAUUGUUAAAAAAAAAAAAAAGAAAUUUGAAAUUAAAAGUGUCUGGUUGACCACA